AUUGUUUAAACAAUUUCAUUUGUUAUUCAUUCAUAUGCCAGUCGGCCACCGGUCAAGUGUAAAUGCUUUGCUCGCUCUCUCGCCGAUAUUCGCAAACCUUAGCCGUUGUCGGGUCGUGCAUUUUCAUAAAACCGUAUUAGAAUCGUUCGGAUCGCUUAAACGUUUGUCUGACGUACGCCAAAAGUCUGUGUAAAUGUGAACUUUGAACAGAAUUCUUAUAAGUGUGGCGCUAAGUCAUAAAACAAACGAACGUAAAAAAAAACGAAAAAUUAAUUGGAAUAAUAUUUGAGACGAGAGGGAGAAAAAAGCCUCCUGUGCGGCUGUAACAUUAAUAAGAACAAAAAUACUCUACUGUAUAAAUAUGAUGGUGUGCUUUUAUUACAAUCUUAUCGAUUAGUGGUCACACGUCUUUCAAGCAAUUAAAAAGGUGGCAUUCGAAAAUGAUGUCGUUAAAAACAAUUAAUUGAGAAAAAUAAAUUUAUAAAACAGUAAAAAAGAAAAACAUUAAAAAAAUUUUGGUGAUAAUUCUUUUGUGAUAAACACAAAACUUUCAAGGCGGAAUAGUGCAAUUUGAAACUUGACCUGAAAAACGGAUUAAGAAUAUUGUUUGAUUAUUUUUGAAAAACAUCAUUUGGAUUUAUACGAAACACCCAAGGACAAAUACAAUCUUGAGGAGAUUUAUUAAAUGACAUCCCCGAUGUGAGAGUGAGAAAGAAAACGUUUGCUUCACACAUAUAUCGUAAAAGAAAAAUCAAAAUUCCGCCAAAUCAGCAAAAACCAAAUAAAUCUAUGUGUUUUAAGCGACAAAAGACUAAAUUGGGAUUUUUAAUGUUACCCAACAGAUAGUAAAAGUGAAAUAGUGUUUAAAAUUUAAAUAAAAUAACCCAUAGAGGAAGUAGUCGGUCCCGCUUAACAAACCCGCUUAGAUUAAUUUAUUAAAUAAAUUGAACAACUCGAAAAUACUCAAAUAAGCCUUGCUAUCGAAUUGGUUAUAUUACAAAUCAGCAAAAGGGAACUAACCUAGAUAACAACAACAACAAAAUGGCCAAAUAUUUCUUAACAUUUGUUCUACUGGCCUUUUUGGCCAUGGAGAACAACAAUAUCUACAAUCGCCUUCAUGCCAAAUCUCAGCACAGCAGUGAUUCCAAUGCUGUGGUACAUUACAUGCGACAACAAUAUCAGUAUCGCCAACAUGCACAGCCUCUAACGAACCAUCACCCCACCCAUGAUCACCACAAGACACACCAUGCCCGCAAACAUGUGAAACAACAUCAGCGCCAUAACAGCGACAAUAAGGAGGAGGAGAAAAUCUCCAGGCGCUAUGGUGAGAGGAUAAAACGCCACAUGAAACAACAAAUGGAACAUCACAAAGAGCAUGAUCAGCUGCUACAAGAUCGCCAACGGGAUCGAACAGUUUACAAUCGAGAAACACUUCGGGCAAUGCCACGUUUGUGGCAGCAUUUAUCGACUGCUUAUGACUACGGGACCGGUGAAGAUGAUAUUAACGAAGACCAAACCGUGUUCGGCGGUGAAUCUGUUAAUGAAAGCCAAGAAUAUCCCAACGAUGGUGAUAUUUUAAACACUGAUACUGCUUUGUUGGAACACGAUGAAAAAAUUACAGAUAUUGUAGAACCCCAAAAACCUGCACAUAUAGGUUGUCCCAAAUGUGAAAGUAGCCGUAAUGAGGAUAUGAUAAGUGAAGAGGAAUUAACUCGUCUACGUAUUGAGUAUGUUAAGCAGCAAAUCCUAGAUAAACUAGGGCUGAAAGAAAAGCCCAACAUACCAGCAGUCAGCUUGCCCAAGCCAAUUUUGGAGGGGCAAACCAUCCAAAAGGAAGAUGAUGAUUCUUCAAAGAAGGAUAUGGAUGAUUAUUACGCCCGAACCAGUAAAAAGUUUAUUUUUCUAGAAGUUGAAAAAGAAGAAUGUCAAAAACUGGAAUCCCAACCGUCGAUGUGUUUCUCAUUCAAAUUGGAUGACACUGAUGCCGACAACUAUGAAGUUCGCACUGCUGUUCUGUGGAUAUUUAAAAACAAGCAUCAAAACUCAACAAAUUCCAGAAAUCAUACUCUUUUAGCGGAGAAUCAGCAAAAAAUUAUAGUUUCAGAGGUACAGCAAGAAACUACAUCGAAUCGCAAACCUGCUGUCAAAACCAUUGCCGCGCAAACAGUUGAUGUCCAAGAUGAGUGGAUAAAAAUCGAUAUUGAAUGGCCCAUAAAACGUUGGUUUGGCAAUCAUGAACUAAAUCAUCUCAUUCAAAUUACUUGUCAGUCGUGCGAUAUGACUGCCAUGGAUCACAUCAUAUCCACGGAGAAGGAUUAUAGACCAUUUAUAAUGGUGAACACGCAAAGUCGCAAACGGCAAACACGCCAAAAACGUAAUAUCAACUGUACGCAUGGUGUCACGGAGUGUUGUCGUGAGAAGUUGUACAUUUCAUUUGCUGAUAUCGGAUGGAGUGAUUGGAUAGCAGCACCUGAGGGCUACGAUGCAUACUUUUGCCGAGGUUCCUGUAACACAGUGGCGAGCGUGGCCAAUUCUGGCUCACAACACAGUACAUUUCUACAGAAAUUGUUAAACAAGCCUGGCCAACGCCGCAAAAACCUGGAGAUGGUGCCUUGCUGUACGGCUAAAAAAUACUCAUCACUGCAGCUGUUACUUGUGCAAAACAUAACCGCCAGCAGGGAGAUGAUACUUCCCAAUAUGGUGGUCGAAUCCUGUGGUUGCAGAUAGUAUCAUAUUCUUAUAUCUAAGUAUGUUAAGGCCAUCGCUUAAAAUCCCAUUUGUAAACCCUUAAAAGCCAAACCCAAAGAAACAUCGAACAAAAUUAUCUCUAAUUUAAGAACUCCUAUUUAAUGUUAACGAGUCAUCUCAUCACAAUUUAUUUUAUUUGUUGUCCUUUAAUAACAAUUCGCUUGUCAUCAAUGCUACCACCACUGCCAUUUUAUAUUUAAACAUAGGUUAGUUGUUUUAAGAAAUUUGUUGUAUUUUGUACUUAAGUUCUCCUGGAGAUGCCUUAAGUUAGUCUGGCUAUAGUUUUUGUGCUUUAUCGUUUAAUUAUUUAUUUUCCAUUUGUAAAUAUUUAAAUUUAACAAUUUAAGUGAAUUUUUCUUCUAUAUAUAUAUAUAUAAGUAGUGUGAUAUUUUUGUUUUUUUUUUGUAUUUCGUUUUCUAAAAUUGUCUGUCUUGAUGAUAGUGGAGUUAUUCUAUUUUGAAUGUUUUCACAGAACCAUUGAUUGUUGAGUUUUUUUUUUUUUUGAAUUCCCCAUUUUAAAUGGUUGAAAAAUUAUGACCUUACUAGGAUCCCUAAAGUUUUGUUUGACUCCACAUUCAUUUUGAUAGGCAACAUUAUUUGUAAGUAGUAAAAUUGAAAUUGUUGUACAAUUAUUAAAAAAAAUCUCUUAAGAGAG